AAAGUAUAAAAGGAUCUACCGUGACUUGUUACUCAUUGUGCCUAUUUCACUUCACACAUCUUUCUUUUAAAACAUCAAGAUGGUGUCAGACUUCAGGAAAAAGAAGCUCCUUCACGUCUUCACUGCGUUCUUCGAUACCAACGGUAGCGGCAGCAUCGAUAAGAAGGAUUUCGAGCUAGCAAUUGAGAAGAUUUCCACGCUUCGUGGCUGGAAGGCAGGCGAUACCAAGUACAAGGAGACUCAGGAAACUUUAUUAAAGAUCUGGGACGGUCUGCAGAGCCGCGCUGAUGCUGACAACGACGGACAAGUCUCAUUCGACGAGUGGGUGACCAUGUGGGAUGACUUCGCCAAGAAUCCUGGAUCCCCUCUCGAGUGGCAGAACCUUUACGCCAAAUUCAUUUUCCAACUGGAAGACGCUAGUAACGAUGGAUCCAUCGACAGUGAGGAGUUCUCUUCAGUAUACGUCUCCUUCGGUUUGAAUAAGGCCGAGUCAGUGGAAGCCUUCAAGAAGAUGUCCAAAGGCAAAUCUAAUGUGUCCUGGGAUGAGUUCCAGGGCUUGUGGAAGGAAUACUUCGCGUCGGAGGACAAGAACGCCGCUGGUAACUUUAUCUUCGGCAAAACUAGCUUCUGAUCUGACAAUUUUAUUUAUUUGUGUGAAUAGUGAUGGAUCUGUUUGAUAUUUUGUAUGGAGCUGUGCUAAGAACUUGACUGACAUAAUUAUACGUACUGUAUUAAAUAUUUGUUGUUG